CCCACUGAUAUAACUCGUCUCUGUCUGUGAAAUGACUCUUCUUUGCCUUGGCUUUUGCUAUUAACUUGUUGUUUAGUGUCUUGAAUCUGCAAUCAAAAGGGGAAGAGCGGAAAAAAAAAAGAUGUGGAUUUUUGGGUUGAAAGGGCCUUCUGGAUACUCUGCUCGCUCUACAGCAGAAGAAGUCACUCAGGGAAUCGAUGGAACUGGUUUUACUGCCAUUGUCACAGGUGCCUCUAGUGGUAUUGGCGUGGAGACUACAAGAGUUCUUGCUUUACGCGGAGUCCAUGUUAUAAUGGCCGUGAGGAACGUGGAUGCUGGUCGGAGUGUCAAAGAAGCUAUACUUGAGGAGCUCCCAUCUGCUAAGAUUGAUGUGAUGGAGUUAGAUCUCAGCUCUAUGGCAUCUGUUAGGAAAUUCGCGUUAGAUUAUCAAUCAUCGGCUCUUCCCUUGAAUCUCCUUAUUAAUAAUGCAGGGGUAAUGGCAUGUCCCUUCACGCUUUCCCAAGACAAUAUAGAACUGCAGUUUGCAACAAACCAUAUAGGUCAUUUUCUUUUGACAAAUCUUUUGUUGGAGACCAUGAAGAAAACGUCCCAGGAAAGCAAUGCAGAAGGAAGGAUAGUUAAUGUUUCCUCAGUGUCUCACCGCUCUGCAUACCGUGAAGGAAUUCAUUUUGAGAAAAUCAAUAAUGAAUCGGAGUACAAUGCUAUGCAAGCCUAUGGCCAGACGAAGCUCGCAAACAUAUUACAUGCUAACGAGCUUGCAAGGCGCUUAAAGGAAGAAGGGGUGCAGAUAACUGCUAAUUCACUUCAUCCUGGAGGUAUAGCGACCAAUAUUGCUCGCCACCACAGCAUUUUCAAUGUACUUUCUAAUCUUGCGAAAUUCUUCCUGAAAAGUGUUGCACAGGGAGCGGCAACUACAUGCUAUGUGGCUCUGCACCCACAAGUGAAAGGGAUUAGCGGCGAAUACUUCAUGGACAGUAAUAAAGCCCAAGCAAGCUCUCUCGCGCGAGAUGCAGAACUGGGUAAGAAGCUAUGGGAUUUCAGUAUAAGCCUGACUGAUCCUAAACAGUUGGGUUCUGCUUGAACAGAUUGUCUGUUAUUCUUUUAGUCGAGAGAACCGAGUCGUUUCUGAACUGGAUGUGUGAAAGCCAUAUGUUGUUAACUUCACCGAGACAAGCAUUUGAGUCGAACAUGGAGUAAAGUCUGCGUUCAUUGUCGAGUUUGUCUGAGCAGAUUGUUGGUGAACUUGGACACGAUGGAAUGAGUGCAUUACUGUUUGUGGAUGCUGCAGACGGUAGCAGUCUAUGCUGUUACUUCUUGAUUAGCGUCCUUAAUUCUCGAUAUUUCUAAAGACAGUCUUCCCACUG